AAAACUAAUUUACUGGGUAUUUUUACUGCCAUUUGUUGGUUUUUAUGAGCCAUUGUUGUAAAUCGCGGCCCUGCAUCAGCUGGCCGUUGUAAGCUUAGCGUACAAAUCGCCCCUGCCAGUUUACUACUACGCCGCUCUACGCCGACAUAAACCUUGGUAUGCGGCCUAUAUUCCGCCAUUGUCACUGGGUGCUUUAUGAAUAUUGACUAUUGAAGAGAUACUAAGGUGAAAAUAUUUUCCCCUCACUCAGUGUAUCGUAAAUGGAUGUAAAUAUUCUUUGAGGUGGAGGUAAAACGAAGUGCGCAAUGGAGGUCAGAAUGGGAAAGAAUGACAUAUUUUUGUAAAGGAAGUUUCAUUGAUUUUAGAAGAUUGAUGUGAGAAAACAUGAGUAGGCGUGGGGAUACAAGACAGAAAAGAGGACAAUCAAACAGCCCGGUGUCACAGAAAGAACAGAAAGCUCCAGGUACCAGGCAGACAAAAAGAAAGGGAGGCCUAAUAGAGUCAAAUGCCUCCCCCAAAUCUGAUACAAGUGAAAAUAUUCCGAAUCCACAGACAGACACACAAGAAGACAGUGAGGGCAAACAGCCAUCGGAGACUUUAAAGAAACAGAAAGCAGGCAGAGGGCGAACAGGUAGAGGGAAGAAAUUUCCACCAGAGUCCUCCAAACCAGAAGAAGAACAGCCUUCUAAAGAAGAACCCAGCAAUCCAGAGGUAAACUCUUCCUCCAGUGAGGUACACAAAGUAGAAACUCAAGGCCUGCCUCCUCCACCACCAACUACCCUUCAAAGCUGUGACGCUCAAUCAGGUGGUGGAUCCAGACCAGAGUCCCGCUCCUCUUCGAAGAAAUCAACAGAUUUACAGGAGAUGGAGACUCAUGAAAAGUUGAUUGCUAUUCCUCCAAAGAAACGAAAAGGGAAUGAAAUAGAGAGAGAGCCUUCACCCCCAUCCAAGAGACAUUCCAUUGAUUUGAGUGAAUGGAUAAACCAGAGAGUUCUAGCCAAACGUGAUGGGCUCUACCAGCCUGGACAGAUCAGUGACAUCAAACAAAACAGACACAUAGGAGUACUCUUUGAUAGUGACAAAAAUACUGUUUAUUUUAAUGAUGUUCUUGAUCAGCGCACCCAGUUUGACAUUAUCAGUGACCAUAGUCCCAUGGCUAUGAUGACAAAUGUUGGUAGCAGAGUGUGUGUGAGGAUCAUUCCUGAAGAAAAUUUCUACUAUGAAGGGGUGAUAAUAGACAAAAAGUCACAACCUGUUUCAUACUAUGUCAAGAUACAAGGUCAUCAUGAGGAUAAAUUUAGGGAACCUCAGUGGGUGUCUCGUGCAGUGCUUCGACUAAUUCAGCCUCCAUGGUAUGAAGACCUUGAGAAUCUACCAGAACAGCAAGAACCAGUUGCUCCUGUUCCAACCAUGGGAUAUCCCCUUCAAUUACAGAUGCCACAUCAUCCUAUAGCUCAUCAUCAUUAUACUCCACAGAUGGAGAUAAGUCCCCCAUUGCAAGGCAGGUUGGAAAGGUCUCCAUCAUUGCCACAAAGCACCAGUAUAGAAAGAGGGGAUUCCUCUGAAGAUGAAAUGAAGAGUGAGGAAUUUGAUUUUGACUCGGGGCUAAGCACUCCUAGAUCUGGCAGUGCUACUCCUGGGUCUGGGUGUCGAUCCCAAGGAGGAAGUGGGGGAAACCGUCCUCCUCCAAAAAAGCGGGAAUUUUCAAGAAGUAGGAGUGUGCAGUCUUGUGAAAGCAGCAGAUCCAGUACACCUAGAUCUCCAAGUUCUACGCAGAGAUACAAAAAGGGAGAUGUAGUAUCAACUCCUAAUGGGAUUAGAAAAAAAUUCAAUGGGAAGCAAUGGAGAAGACUGUGUUCCAAAGAGGGUUGUACGAAAGAAUCUCAGCGACGUGGUUAUUGUUCUAGACAUUUGUCUAUGAAGGGACAAAAGAGCAUGAGAGGAAACAUGCAGCAAUUUAGGAAGGGCGAGUUUAAAGAUGGUCAUAUGGAGUGGUCUGAAAGUUCAACCAGAGAGAGUAGUGUGACUGACUUUGAUCCAGAACAUCCUCAGAGAUUUGAUGAAACAGAAGCAGCUAAUAUGUUGGUGUCUUUAGGAAAUUCAAGAUCCACAACUCCAGCAUUCUCACCAACUCCCAGUAAUCAUCCUAUUUCUCCACACCCUGUCCAGUCACCAAGUACCAUGGGGCCAAGGGGUAAUCCCCUAUCCUUUGCACCUAUUUCUCCUCAUCCCCAGACACAGGGUUUCAUGACCUCACCAACUCGUAGCUGGAGUUCAGGUACAUCAAAGUCGGGGAGCUCCUCAUCAGAACAUGUGUCCCCAAUCACACCCAGAUUCCCUCCAACAUCACAUGCACAUAUGUACAAUACCCCUGAAAUGGAACAAUUGUAUCAGAAAAUUGCAAGUGCGAGCAAUUUUAAACUAGAUCCAGUGAAAGCAGGCCAAGAAGCAGGCAAAGCCCAAGUGACUUAUGACUCUGCUAUUUUGCAUGCACAGCAGAGGAUUCCAACAGGAAGUGUGUCUGUGUUACCUUUAAACCCAGAUUUGCAGGCUAGAAAAAUGACACACAGUUUGUCCAUGAGUGCUCUACCCUCUCCGAAUCCUGAUCGUCAUAAGGAGCUCAAUAAUCGCAACACAACACCAUCCUCAAGGAUUUCAAAAACAUCAAUGUCCACUUUGAAAAGUCUUAUAAAUUCUGCCCCUGCACCAAUGAAACCCCAGACAGCAGUGGUGGCACCAGUGUCCAGUCCAGAUCAUUUACCAUCAGUCAUUCAACAGCAGCUGCAACACCAAAUUUCCGCUCAGUCUUUAUUACCCAUAAUGCCUGUAGCCAAUGGAGGAAAGAAUGAACAACCUACAGCAGUCACCUCUGCACCAGUUAAUUCUAAUAAGCCUGUGCCUGUGUUUCCAUGGCAUGCAUUGGUCCCUUUUCUCACUAACACAGGCCCACCAACAGUGGCUCAGGUCCCUACGUCAACUAUAGAACAACCAGUAGAAAAACAACAAGCUGUUAACUCAACAUUAUCACCAAAGAAAGCUAGCCAGUCAGAGCAACGCGUCAGUGCUUCAGAUGCCCCUCCCAUUGAAGAUGAUAUCGAGGAGGAUUAUGAUGACGAUGUCUUUGAUACAAAGGAAGAACCCCAGCCAGAGCCAAAAAAGAUCCCCGCAAAAAGACGUAGCCAAAGCCUCAGUGCCUUAAAGGACAAGGAAGAAAAGAGUCCCAAAAAGUCAAAAGAUAAAGACCACAUCAGGAGACCCAUGAAUGCCUUUAUGAUAUUCAGUAAGAGACAUCGACACUUGGUCCACCAGCGACACCCAAACCAGGAUAAUAGGACAGUCAGUAAGAUCCUCGGGGAGUGGUGGUAUGCUCUGGGACCGGUGGAAAAGCAGAAGUACAAUGAUUUGGCUAAUCAGGUUAAAGAGGCUCAUUUUAAGGCUCAUCCAGACUGGAAAUGGUGUUCAAGGGACAGGAAGAAAUCUGGAACAAUUGCUGACAAGUUGAAACAGAGGACUAGUAGUCAGCGUCUUAGUUCUACUGAUGACAUACUGGAGGACACAGAUACUACAAUGGACAAUGAAGACAGUGUAUUUUUAAAUCGGGAAUCUUUAUUUGAAAACAUAAGGGGAGGAAGAUCUCAGAGUUUGUCAGCUGUUCCACGAGAUGGGGAGGGGUCAGCCUUCAUGCCACCAGGGAUGAAUAUCAACCCAAAUGAGGACCAAAGAGGAUUUACAGAGGCAUUAAGAAGACAAUUAACAAAUGGACUGACCCAUCAGAAAUCUCCAUUGUCAAUGCCAUCACCUCAUGAGACCCCGCGAUCAUCUCUCAGUCAUCACUCCUCCCCAAUGGCUAAAUCAUCCCCUUUGGCCCAGCCCCCUGUUGACAUGCAGCGACAUCACUCAGUGUCCAGUAUAGAGGAGUCCAGAAUAGCAGCAGGGUCCAGAGACAUGGGGGGAGAUGGGGAUGGGAGUGAUGAUGAGAAAAUGGUUAUUGAUGAAGAUAAAGGUGAUAAGAGUGACCCAGAAGGGAAAAGCCUAAUUUGUCAUGAGCACGUGUCUGACAGCGAGACGGACUCCCAGACGGAGGAAGAUGUUCCUACAGAGAACAAAAUUAACAAGGCCUUCCCACAGCAACGAUUUUCCCCCUCCAAUCAGCCCACUGAUAUAGCCUUUAGACCUACCCCAAUCAAGAAGUUGCCUGAAGGUCAGCCCAAGGUUGUUCAGUCAUCAAUACCUGGGGCAGGGCUUGACUUGGCUGAACACAUUCCAAGACCAUCCAGUGUAGGCUCUGGUUUCCAGCCUAAAGGUGCUGUCUUCAGAGCAAAAACUGCCCAUUCAAGAAUGGCCUCUACAGGAAGUGUUUUGGAGGGAUCUCAUGCUAAGCAUGAUAGCACUCCAAGACUCUGUCAACAACCUCCAAUUAAAGUGGGCAAUAUGAAGAUCCACAAUAUCACUAUGACAACGCAAAACCAACAGCUUAUUGUGUCCACAACCACUGAAACUGUGAUUGGGAAGCAGAAUUCCAAAGGUCAGGUGAUUAAUAAAGUGACAAAGUCCAAGCAGAGGAACAAUUCUCAGCAGGUGCCCAUACAGCCUGCUGUAACCCCACCCUUACAGUAUCAGACUAAACCAGUUACUUCAAGCAAUGUGCAACUAAUUGCCCCCAAUCAGACCAUAGCUACAAAUAUGGUACAGAACAACAUGGUGAUGCCCACUUUCUCAACUAUGGGCAAACCAAUUACCACUCCUGUGCCCAUUGCUUCGAAACCCAUUGUUUCAAUGCAGCAAGCACAUAUUGCCACACCUACAACUCUUAAGGCAGGAGUUCCAAACAUUCAGCAAAUUCAGACCAGUCCCAACAAUGGUGUUAAAGGAAUGAGCACAAUUGUCCUGCAAAACAUUCCAGCCUCUCAGUAUACUAUUUUGAAUACCCAAAAUAUUGGAAGUCCUGUAGCUGUAACAAAAGCCAUAACUACAUCAGUCUCCACAAUUCAAACAAAUCAGGUCUCUGGAGGAUUCAUCACAACACUAAGAAAUAUUGCUCCACCUCAAAACCACCAAUCACAGCCUUCACAAACUCCUACUACUAUUUAUACAAAUCUAGUGCAACUGAAGUCCACCAAUCAAACAGCAGCUACACCUUCAGUAUUGAAUGCUGUGAAUUCCCAGCCAGGACUUCAACCAACACAGAUUCAAUACAUUCUUCCCUCAGUGAGAUUGGAGACUCCUAAUGGAGGCAAAGUCCAAAAUCUUCUGCAAAUGGCCCUUCCUGGUGGACAAGUACAACAGUUGUCCUUUGGUGGUAACCAAUCACAGGCUCCCUUACAUUCUCCACUACCACCUCAGAUGCACCAGCAACAUUAUCCAUUACAACCCUCUCCUCAGCCAGUUCAUACUGGACAAAAGAUCCAGCUGGCUCCAGCUGGGUCCGGAAUCAAGAUAAGCCCAGUCAAAUUCCAGGGUCAAGGCAAUCUUCUUCAACCUCAGCAACAGCAGCAACAGAUUGUGCUAAAUGCCACCAAACAACAGGGUCUCCCUGUGACAGUUACCCAGUACCAGAUAGUUAAUCAGCCCUCCCCUUUACCCACUGGAGCUGUAGCAACAUCACAUCAGAUACCUGCAGUAUCCCUGGCUCAGCCAAUUGUGUCACUGGGAGCCUUCCAACAACAGCAACAAACCAUCACCCAGCUCCAGGGCCAAACCCCUGGUGCCACAAUCACACAGCUUCAGGUUCACCCACAGACCCGUACCCACAUACCAACUCCACACACUCCCACCCAGGUAGCAGGCCAGGGGCAGAUCACCCAGUUACAGCAAGUUACUCAAAUGCAGCAAGCUAAACAGUAUCCUGUCAGUCAGGUGUUGACUCCUGGGGCUCAGUACCAAACAAUGGGGCAACAGCAGCAGAGAUUCCAGUUUCUGCCCACACAGCAAAAGGUGAUGGUUCCUCAGUCAGUGACUAUAGCAUCAGUUGCCUCCCCUUCACCAGCAGUCUCCCCAGCUUACAUUCAGACCUAUGUAGGAUCUAUUCAGCAAAAUAAUCAGGGAGGGGUACAACAGGUCCUGAUUCAGCCUCAGGCGAUGCGGUCCCCAGCCGCAAGUCCAGGUCUAAGCCAGAACAUCCCUCAGCAGCAAACCAUUGCAACGAAUCAAGGGAAAUUUGUAUACUAUUCAGCACCAAGCCCUACCCCUAAGGCUUCAGGAGCAGUGACAACCACAGAGAAAAGUGACAUUGGUUUUGUGUCAGGAAAUAAUCAGAAUGCAAGGCCUCUGAAGGUAAAAGCUACAAUAGCUAAUAUUCCUGUGGCCACUGAAAGUUUCCCAUCCACUCCAACCCCUCAAGGCAUAAGAAAUUCUUCAAGCCUUGCUGCUAACAGCCCUGCUGCCCCAAAAGCCCCAAGCCCACAACCAGCAUACAGAAGCCCACCUACAAUGAUUGGGCAACACAAGCCCCAAAAGCCUUCUCCGCUAGUACUGGAUAAUCCUGCAAUGGUUGAAGCUUCAGAUUCAAAGGCAGAGGAGGAGAGAAAAGAAGAGGGUGACAUUCGCCAGGAGAGGGCAUGUAAGGGGCGAAAAUAUAAAGAACUUGUGGAGACAGGGGCAGUAACUCCUCGCAGGGAAAGAAAGACCUCUAAGGGAAGUUCUGGACCUGACUCCAGUGAGGAAAAGUCACCUGGCACCCAUUUUACCCAGAAAUCUCCGGUGCAUGCUGCACUACCAGAGCAGAGCAUGCCCGCACCCUCCCCUGCCACAACAGUUGGGACCCCUCUCAGCCCUCGACCAAAACAUAAGCCCCCUCCCCUGCCUGUUUCAUUAUCCCAGAGUUCCUCUAUUCCCUCCCAAAGUCCAGCUCAGAGCCCUAAGAAGGUCACAUUCAAGAAGAAAUGUGAGGAUGGAAUGGAAAAAGUGCUACAGGUGGUGGAUUUUGAGCAGAAGUUUGACCGAUUGCCACAGUUUAUCCCUGAGGAGACAGAUAUGUCAUCUCCUCUCCCCCAAAGUCCUCGAGGAAUUAUCAGCAACUACAAACAGCGAAAGAGGAAAAUGUCCUCACUAGCCACGGGGGAACUAACUCCUCGGGAAACAGAAAUGGAGGGAAUUUCUCCAAGCCCAAGUUACAAGAAGUUGUCCAGUGAAUCAGAAGCCAACACUCCUCAUACCCCUCAUAGUGCUCGUUUUGAGGAUAACAUGUUUUUUGGGAAAAACUUUGAUAUUGAACAGAUGGCACUAUCAAAGAAUGCAGAGGAUUUUGGAGAGGGUAGCAUUGCUUGUUCCCCCAGAACUCCAAACUCCCCAGCAGGACAGUUUUCCUCCCUGCGACGAAUCCUUGAUCAGAGACGACAGCUUGUGAUGCAGCUCUUUGAACAAUUUGGAUUGUUUCCCUCAGCCCAAGAUACAGCCAAUUUUCAGGCAGAGCAUGCGUCUGUUUUCCCCAGCAAGGUUUGUUUGCAGUUGAAGAUCAGGGAAGUACGUCAGAAAAUGAUGGCCCAGUCAGCAGCGGCAGAAAAGGCUGGAGCUGGUGGAGAUGCAGGUCAGAGGUCAUCAGAGACGGCUCCAAACCCAGAGCCAUCUGGUGGUGGAGAUGGCCGUGAUUCAGGGGGAGUGAAUUCAAUGUCAUUACCUCCCCACUCUGAGGGUAAUUUGGAAUAAAAGUGCUAUUUUAAUGUUUGAGACUCAAGGUGUAAAUAUUUUUUUUUUGGAUCAAGUAUUUGUUAUAUAUUCUGUAUUAUCAAAGUGCAAAUUAUUUGUGUGUUAGGUAAUAUUUUGUUUUGUACAGAACUUUUGUUUAGCAAAAAUGUUUUUUAAAUGGCAAAUUUGGUGAUAUUUUAUGGCAUUGUAUGAGAAAGACACUGUAGACUCCUGAAUUAAAGCAUCUCUGUGAAAAAGAUGCUAUGUGUUGCAAGUUCAGAGUUUGUGAAAUUCUUGAAUUGAUAUGGUUAGUGUAAGGAAUAAUCCAUAGAAGUGCCAAAGGGAGAAAAAUUUGAAGAGAAAUAACCAAUGGCAGAUUCAAUAUGUCAUAUUAGAGAAAAAGGGGCAGGCCCUCAUUUUGUUUACGUACAGAUCAUGAAUUUUAGUCAACAUUUUAUUUCUCUCUGUGUUCUAACACAGUGUACAGUUAUAGAUGAGAUUAUAUAUACUGUUAUAGAUACUGUUUUUUAUUGGAGUUGUUUGUUAUUUAAUGAGUUCUUGUUUUUGUCUCCUAGCUGUUUUAGCUUCAAGUUGUUCCCUGUGUAUGUGACAACAUUGUUGUCUCAGUUUUUAUGUUAAGACUUUCCCUAUGUUGUGUCUGUACAUGUUCAGUGAUUGAUUUAUUGCUAUUAUUAAAUGAUCAAAAGUUCAUUAUGAAACUUCACAAUUUUAUUUCCACAUUUUUUCAUAUUAUACUCCCCCCCCCCCCCCCCCCCCACCACCACCACCACCACCAACACACAUGUAGGUGGUUGGUAAGUGUUAUAGUAAAUAUAAAUGAAGUCCAUUAAUUUACAUGUAGUUGUAUUAAAAAACUGUGAAUUACAGAUAGGAGAUACACUUGCUUGUUUUAAGAAAUAAAAUCACAGAAAUGAUACUCUGCUGAAAAAGAAGUGUUGAAAAUCUCAAUGUACAUGUAUGCGCAAGAUUCCUUGCAUAAGUUUUUGGGGGGAAGGGGGGGGGGGGCAUUUUCACAUCUUUUGAAAGUGAAACCUAUCAUGAAUCUCCUUGCGCAAAUUGACGCUUCAUGUUUAAAUGAGCUUUUAUUUGGUAAAAAAAAAAAUCAUUAUUGUUGUCAGGGAAACCACUUUAGACAACUUUUAUCUAUUUUUUUCUUUAAAUAGAAGUGAACAGUCACAUUAGAAUAAAAAAAUAAAAGACUUUGUUUUUGAAGGUUUUGGAAAAAAAAUUUUUAAUUACAAAUCUAAUGACAAUACAUAAAGAUAUACCACAGAUAUUUUGUUUAUUUUGAUAGCCAAAAAAAAAAAAAGAAAACUGAACUAUAUAAGAUUUUGUUCUUUAAAAUUUUGUACACUUUGUGAAAAUGGCACUUUUAAAGCAUUAUAUUUGUAGCAUGCAAGUUUAACUUGCCUGUAUUACAGGUAAGUGUGAUGAAUUUAGGGGGAAAAAUACUAUUAACAGAAAAAUCAACUAGAAAAUCAAAAUUUCUUGUCCAUGAGGUUUACAUCAAAAACAAAAGCUCAGCCAUGCUAAGAAAUUGCUCAUUUGCCAUUUCUUUGUUUUUAAUUUGAGGAAAUGGGGGGAAGGGGGAGGGGGUCCAACUGGUUUGCUAAACUACAUGCAUGUUUAAUGUUUUGCUCACAGAUACAUUUUGAGGGCAGCAUUUUUAUGCUCCCCCCCCCCCCACACACACACACACAAACAAAGGAAGAUGUGGGGAGGGGUAUAUUGGAAUCAGCAUUGUCCAUCUGUCUGUAGAAAUGAUUUUGUCUGGACUUGUUCUUAGAAACUAUUCCAUGUACAUGGAUUUGUCUGAAAAGUUGUUCACUCCUUAUUCACCUUGUAAAGAUGUGCACCUGAUAUUUUAAUCAUGAUUUGACAAUUUUUCUUCAUUUUACAGGUGUUUUUUUCAUUUUUAUGGACUUAGUCAUUUUGUUUUAGAAUUUUAUGAUGGUAACUUAAAGGUUAUAAGGCCUUGAAUCAUCAAACUUUGUCAAUUGGUGCAUCAUGGGUAGAAGGUGUGCUACACAUUAAAGUUAAGUCACUAUAAACUUUUAAGAUGAUAUGGCCAAUAUGACAAAAAUCUGUCAAGCUCAUAAAUGGAAAAUUAGUUGGCUUAGAAUCAUCAAGCUUUAUCAGUAAGUGCAUCUAUUGUAAAGAUGGGUAGCACCCUACCUCAAUGUCACUGUGACCUUUAAUUAAAAGAAAAUGAUGUGGCCAAAUAUCUCAAAACUCUUUUUUGGCUAAUGUAGAUGACUCCAAUGUCAGAAGGCUAUUAGUAUCAUUCCUGUUGGAGCAUUCCUGAUCAAGCAUGUGUUAUCCAUAUCUCUAGGGAAUUAGACAAAAGAAUUAAAGAUUUUGCCCUAAGAUAAUAAAACAGACUUAAAUCAAAAUUUUAAUCAUUUAUAAAAUAUUUAUUAAUUACUUGUGAACCGAAAGUCUUAAUUUGCAUACAACAGUAGUCUAUUGGUGCAAAUUUUAAAGUUAAAAAGCAUUUUAAUUUUGGACUGCUGAUUUAUUUCUUAAUCAUUUCAGCACAAUAUACAUUUUUUGUCUAAAGCUAAAGAUGUUUCAUGAUCCUAGGGCCAGGACCCAGAAUCGUGAUGCAGUCUUAGAUUUAAGUCCAAAUUUCAGUCAUUCAUGAAAUGAAUUAGAAACUGAUUCUUGAAAAUUAAAAUAAACAGCAUGAAAGGGAAUCAAACCUUUAUAACAUUUUAAAUUUCAGGUGGUUUCUAUUGUAAGAAUUUAAGACCAUUGACAAGUUUUGACUUAAGUCUAAAACUGCUUCAUGAUCUUGGGACCAGGUCUCUCAAUUUGCAGUUGAUAAUAUCUGUCAAAUUGACAUAAAAAGUUCUUGAUGGCCAACCUUUUAUUUUGGAUAUUGUAUAAUUUGAUUUUUAAUUAUUUUUUUUUCAUAUUUCAACAAAGAAAUUGCAGUGUCAUGUCUCUCUAAGAUGAUAGAUGGUUGCAAUGAAGUUUUUCAAUCUAAUAAAUAACAAUAUAAUGAAUAGCAUUUUGAUGCUUUAUUAGGCUGUGGCAUAGUUCAUCAUUCAUACGAAAUAAAAUGUGCAAAUAAAUUUUGACUGUCAAUGUUAACAUUGUGAACACACUCUAGAUCUAUAAAAUACUAUAGUCCAUGUACAUUUGGUAAAUAGUGAUGGUACCUUUCCUGAAAAACACAGUUGGGGUAUUAGUGCAUUCUGGACAGUUCCAGUUCUUGGUUUUUUUAAUUGAAUAUUCUUUCAAUAUUAACCUGUCCUUCUUAUAAAUUCUGAAUAAAUCUUCAGUAUUUUUCUCCUAGCAAUCAUUCAUUAGAGUACAUAAAAAAAUCUGAAUUUUAAUUACUUAACUCCAAAAUAUAUACAGGGAAAAAACACAAAGUUUUUUUUUAAGUUGUUAUAAGCUAUGUGCAGGUUUUUAGAUUUUGUCUUAUUUGUUGAUGCUUUUUCUAGCAAUAGUUUAAUUAUUCCUGUUCACUUAAAUGUAGACCUGCAAUAUGACUUUUAAAACUUUCAUGUAACUUGUGCUUAUAUGUCAGCUGUAUGCUUGCAUUUUCCUUAGUUAUGUAAAAUACAAUGGGUUAGUUCAAAUUUUAUUACGGUACUUUUAUCUCUUCAUUGCAUUUAUAUUUUCUUUGAAUCUCUUAUAAGUUUCUUUCUGUAUGUUAUAUUUGAAACAAUUUAAAUCAAUUCUUUAGGAAUGUGGAUGAAAUACUGGUUAUUACAAAUGAAAUUAGGGAUGUGUGGUCCAUUGUAUGAAGUGGACGAUCUUUAAAGUGAGGUGAUAGCCUUUUUGUAGAAGUCAAUUUUGUACAAACUUCAUUCCUCAGAGUUUUUUCCUUAUAGUGAACAAAGUUCUUGAUACUAAUACAUUUACAGUGUAUAUUUCAUUACAAUCAAAAUUUCAUAAAAGUCUCAAACACAUCCUUAAGUUUUGAACAAACUUUUUUCAAUAAUAAAAAGAAUUAUUUGAGGUUGUUACUUUUCCUUUAUACCUAAUUUUCUCAAACAUAAGAAGAAAAAAGAAAAGAGAAAAAAUCUUGUUUUUGAGGACCUGAAUCAGAGGGCUGUUUAGUUUUGUAUGUGAGUACAUGUAAAUAAUGAAAUGUGGUCUUUUGUUGAACAUAGCAUCUAUGUUACUGUUAUCUAUAAAUAUGUGAUUUGUUUUAUAAUUACAAUAAUAAAUGUCAUAUUUGA